CCUCGAACUGCCUCCUGUUGCUUAAGUCCGUUUACCUCCUGGGUUGAACUCGAAGGUUGCAAUAAACCCGAAUGUCCGACAAGUACAAAAUGCUCCAAGAAAUGCUGCUGUCGGGGUCUUCCCACCACUUCUUUUCAAGGCAUCCUGAUGGUUGGAGAACCAACCAUGACGAUUGCGCAACAGGAUCACAUCCUCCCAACCGACUCCGAGGGGAGUGACGGCCAAAGCAGGCCGCAGGCCUUGAGUGACUGUGGAAGUACGCCGCCAAAUGGGGGACUCCGAGCCUGGUUACAGGUCUUGGCCUCGUUCUUCCUCUUCUUCAACACAUGGGGAAUCAUCAAUGCCUAUGGAGCCUAUCAAACCUUCUAUGAAGAGACGCUCCUCCCCACCACCACCGCCUCCACCAUCUCCUGGAUCGGCUCUCUACAAUCGUUCCUCAUCAUGUUUCUCGGCGUCCUGUCCGGCCCCGUAUACGACGCGGGCUACCUCUUCCCCCUGUUAUACACCGGCUCGUUUCUGGUCGUCUUCGGGCACAUGAUGCUCAGUCUCUGCCACGAGUUCUGGCAAAUCCUCCUAGCCCAGUCCUUCUGCAUCGGCAUUGGAGCCGGUCUCCUCUUUGUCCCCAGCGUUGCCAUUCUCUCGACGUACUUUACCACCAAACUACCGUUCGCCGUCGGGAUCGCCGCCUCGGGCUCCAGCGUCGGCGGCGUCAUCUACCCCAUCAUGCUCCGAAACCUGCAAUCAGAAGUCGGGUUCGGCUGGUCCGUCCGGAUCACCGGGUUUAUCGCGUUAUUUGGCCUAUCCAUAUCGUGUAUCUCGAUGAAAGUCCGUGUCCUCCCCGCGACCCGCCGGAAAAUGGUCGAUUUGGCGGCCUUUCGUGAAGUCCCAUAUGCAUCCUUUGUGUUUGGGAUGUUUCUCUGCUUUAUGGGGCUGUACACCCCUUUUUACUACGUCCAGUCCGUGGCCAGCGACGAGAACCUCGUUCCCUCCAAUCUCGUCUUCUACCUUCUCCCGAUUAUCAAUGCCGCCUCGACCUUUGGCCGUCUUCUUCCGGGAUACAUCUCUCAAAUCACCGGAACAUUCAACAUCCUGAUUCCGGGUGCUAUCCUCUCCGGGGUCCUGGUGUUAUGUUUGAUCGCCGUCCACUCCGAGGGGCCUCUUCUCGUGAUCUGUAUCCUGUAUGGCUUCUUCUCGGGCUCGCUGGUUUCCUUAUCAGCCCCGAUCCUGGUUCUUCUGACUCCCGACAAGGGAGCGGUGGGAACGAGAAUGGGGAUGUGUUUUACGUUCAUGGGGAUCGCGUUGUUGAUUGGGACGCCGAUUGCCGGGGCGAUUAUGGAUCAGGACGGAGCGAGGUCGCUUUGGGUGUAUGGGGGUGUUUUCACCCUGGUGGGGGGUGGUGUUUUGGGGUUCGCCAAGUUGAGUUGGGUGAACUGGGUGGGAUUUCGAAGGGCUUCGUUACCUGUCGCUGCCAAUGGUGCCCAGUCUGACUGA